AUGGCUUGGCUCCUUGACCCCCGAACAAGACGCGGAUUACCAUUAACUGACGAUCUCGUACUAAGUUUAUUGGAGGAUGGCAACUGCUCGGAUCUAGAAUUAGAUGAUGCUGAUGUGGAAGAAUUUGUCCCACCGCUGGCGGAAAAUGAGGUAACUGCAUCAGAUAAAGAACUUGGCAUUCCUGAACUCAUACCUUCACAACUAGGCGUAAAAAGAAGUGCUACUAGCCUUCAAGAUAAUGCGGUGGCAGGUCCGUCCACAAAACGAAGAAAACAGGUGCAACCAGUAAUAGACGCUGUAAAACAAGGAUGUAAUAAAAUCUUAAGAACACCUGGUAGGUUUUCUGUCGACGAACAAAUGAUCCCUUUCACAGGGAAGUGCUACCUUAGGCAACUAGUGAAAAAUAAACCGCGCCCAGUUGGUCUUAAAAAUUUUGUUGUUACCACUAGUGAAGGGUUAAUGAUAGAUUUUGAAAUUUACUAUGGGAACAAUCCUGUACUUUCGCACCCCCUUGGACUCGGACCGGCUGUAGUUUUCCGCCUUAUUCAGAGUGUUCCUCCUGGAAGCUGUAUCUUUUUUGACAGAUACUUUACUACCAUUCCUUUGUUGGACGAACUGAAACGACUUGGAUAUCAUGGGACAGGGACAAUCAUGGUCAAUCGUAUUCCAGAUCGACAACAGAUAAGCUUCAAAGAAGACCAAAAGAUGCGAAGGGGAGACAUUGACCAAAGAGUGUCUAAUGGCAUAGUUUUGGUGAAAUGGAAGGACAAUAAAGCAGUUUUUACAGCGUCAAACUGUACUGGUGGUACGGCGAUAAAUAACAUAAAACAAUAUGAUAAGAGCGCGAAAUGCUACAUCGAUGUUGAUGCUCCAAAAAUUGUAACGUCUUAUAAUACAUUCAUGGGUGGAGUUGAUGUCCUAGACCAAUCUAUGGAGUACUAUAGGACAUAUAUGAAGACCCGUAAGUGGACUUUAAAAGUAAUACUCCAUUUUAUGGACUUAGCUGUAGUGAACGCUUGGCGUCUUUACAGAUGCGAUUCCUUAGCCAAAGGUAUUCCAAAAAAUCGUAUUCAGGAUUUACUUGCAUUCAGGUUUGAAAUAGCUGAAACUUUUAUGAACACCCCUGAUAGAGACCGUCUCCAAUCAACUCCUUUAGUCGAAAUACAAGUCAAGCAGAUAUAG